GCAUGGGCCGCAGACAAACAGUGGGCGAUGAGAGCUGGACGCGGUCACUAGACUUUUAAAGGUUCUUUUCUUGACUUAUCUAAACAUCAUCAUUAAAUAAUGAUCUCGUUCGUCUAGAACUACUAACAAUAACAAACACACCGUCUAGUUAACACAGCUGAUUACCUAUACAUACAUUAAUGUGCUACACGUUUAAAUAUACAUAUGUCAAAAGAUAAGAGCUAGUUCACAGAAACUUUGAUAAUUAUUUUGAUUGAGCGUUUGUGAAUUCGCCGGAUCUCACAGCAGCAACCAGAUGACAUCUUUGAUUUUCCACUGUCCUGCUUCUCGUAUGAUCGGCAACGCACAGUGGCGUUGUUCAUCGUCCGUGGUACUCAAAUAUCAGCGUAGUAAAGAUCAAGAGACUUCAACCAAAUUUUCGGGUACAGUCGCCAGCAGAAAUGCAAGUAGCUUAACGCUUAAUAACGAUCAGAAUUUCGUAAAGCGAAAACAAACUGGUGCAACUGCGCAAAGCUUUUAUAACGAUAGUCAACGCAUAGCGCACCGAAAUAUGUCAACUUCCCAGCAACGCAAUCUAGUCGCGGUCGCGGAGUCCAAGCGUUUCAUGACCGACUGCUUCCUGGCAGUCAAGGUGCCCAAGGAACAUGCUGAGGCUAUGGCAGAUCUGCUCGUAGCUGCCGAUUAUCGGGGACACUUCAGUCAUGGCAUGAAUCGGCUGGAAAUGUAUAUCAACGAUUUGGCGAUCAACUCAACAGAUGGUGCUGCCACUCCAGCGAUACUCAAGGAGACGCCAGCCACCGCUUGGGUGGAUGGACGCAAUGGCUUGGGCGUAGUUGUUGGCAAUUUUUGCAUGGAUUUAGCGAUAAAGAAAGCGAAAACGGUUGGUGUUGGUUGGGUAUGUGCCAAAGGUUCGAACCACUAUGGCAUAGCGGGAUGGUAUGUGCUGCGCGCACUGAAGCAAGGUUUGAUAGGCAUGACGACAACUAACACAUCACCAUUGAUGGCGCCCACUCGUUCGAAGGAAGCAGCGCUAGGCACUAAUCCACUGUCGUUCGGUGCACCCGCUAAGGAUGACAAAUUUUUAUUAGAUAUGGCAACCACGUCGGUUGCGGUGGGUAAAAUUGAAAUACAACGUCGCAAAGGCGAACCACUGCCCGACGGUUGGGCGCAGGACCCAACUGGCCAGCAGACAAAUGAUGCUGAAUUGGCAUUCAGCACCGGCUGCUUAAUGCCACUCGGCGGCCCUGAAAUUUCAUCUGGUUACAAGGGAUAUGGCCUAGGUGCUAUGGUUGAUAUACUUUCUGGCGUCUCAGCGGGCGCCAACUACUCGACGAAGGUGCGAAAAUGGACACACGCGGGUGCGAAUACUGCCGCCGAUUUGGGACAAGUCUUCAUUGCUGUGGAUCCUAAUUGCUUUGCUCCGGGCUUCGAAGAACGCCUAACAGACUUUAAUAGCCGACUCCGAGGCUGCGAACCGACUGACCCAUCUAAACCAGUUCUGGUCGCUGGGGACAAAGAGGAUCUAAACAUGAAAGCAGUGGAUGAAGCCGGUGGUAUCCAGUACUUGGAAAAUCAAUUAAAGACUUGUGGGGCUUUAGCCGAACGUUUAAAAAUUAAGCCGCUAAGUUUUAUUUAAUUGCAAAAAAAGAAAUGUGUACUUCGUGCUUUGACUGUUUCUGCAUUUCAAUUAGGUAUUAUAAAAAUAAUGUUUUAUAUACACAAAGGUGUAUAUAUGCAACUCGGCACGAAUUUGUCCACAUUGUACGUACAUAUGGAUGUAUGUACAUAUGUACAUAAAUAUACACAUAUCCACACGUGCCUGUUGCUUGUUAAAAUUUGUAUGUAAAUUAAUCUAUUGUUAUUGCAUUUUUAAGCGCAUUUUUUAAUUUUUGUUGUGUUAUUUUUAUUUCUAAUAAAAAAUCAAAGUAACAUUUAAAAUGUUAUUGAAAACAA